AAUUAUGUCUUAUUUCGGUUCGUUAGUUGAGCCAAUUGCCAUUUCAAUGAUGUGCUAACUCCCUCUGCUGGUACGGUCCUGACAGCUCCUAUCCCGGCCGUUGCUACAAGCAACAGGAGUCAAGAAUAUCGCGUGAAGUUGAAUUACUCUAAAUUUGGCAGCCGGGAGUGUAGUUUCACGGUGACAGUAAGGGUUGUUUCCAGGUGAAUUUUGAGUACAUAACGUCAAAGAAAACAGCAUAAAAAUGCAUUUCGAAAUCGUUGAUGAAUCGAGAUAUGACGAGGUCCUAAAUUACUUGAGGAAUCAUUUUCACGAUGAACCCUUGAACGUAGCAGUUGGUCUCUUCAAAAAGGGUCAAACUUGCCAGCUCUUGGAAAACUAUGAUAUGGAUACCAUGAGGGAUGGAUAUUCGAUAAUUGCUAUCGACCCAGACACUAACAAAAUAGCCGGGGCAAUGCUGAAUGCCAUCUCCAGCCUUGGCGAUCCGGAGCUGGAGCUGGAGAGAAUGAAAUGCAUCGACGAUAUUGAAUUCCAUAGAUUGAUGGGACUCCUCUUGCGCCAUAACUCGGACGCUCAGCUGUUCAGGAAAUACAAUGUGGAGAAGAUAUUCGAGCUCAGGAUUCUGUCUGUCGACAGCGAUUACAGGGGUAGAGGCUUGGGGCAGGAGCUGGUGAAGAGGAGUGAGGAGCUGGCGAGGGAGCAUGGAUUUACUGUCCUUAAAGUAGACGCUACCAGUUUUUUCACCCAAAAAAUCCUGGAAAAGUUUGGAUUUGAAACGGUGAAAACCGUAGUCUACCAUGAUUACAGAGAUGCUGAUGGAAAAUACAUCUACAACACUCCCCCACCCCAUGAUACUUAUAAAAUUAUGACAAAGGUUCUAUCAAAUGAACCUGUUCAUGUGUAAAUUUUUCAGACUGAUACUUAUAUGGAAACUAUAAAUGUAAGCUUCAUUUCUCUUCGGCAAAACGAAGAAAAUAUUUCUUUAUCUUUCAUGGAAGAAUCGAUAUGAAUUUACAAUUUUUGUAUGUCCCUAUUGGAAACAUAAUAGUUGUUAAUGAACAUGAAAGGAAUACUUUAAUGUAAAAAUCGAUGGACCUACGAGAAAACUAAAAUUAGAGCUUCUCACUACUGCAUCAUAAUAGUUAAAUAUGUUAAAGAAACAUAUUACUUGUCUUCUUGACAAUACGAAUCGUUUGUAUACAUAUAGUCUGAUGUUAAUGCUACAACUGCCAUGAAGUAUUACACAUCGAUUACAAUUAAAAAACUCUGAAUCUACUAUCGAAUUUAAAUUGUCAGCUUCAACAAAAGUAUUUUCGUAUUGAAUGUUGAAACAACUUUCAAAGAAGUUUUGCAGUAAACAUUAUCAAAAAUAAAUCAACCCAUCCAUAAAUUAGGAUUUAUAGAUUCAAAAAAUAACUGAACCUUCCUUCGAACAAAAUUCACUUCAAACAGACUAAUAAAGUCUAUUUGAAUUGAAUAAACAAGUUAGAUCUGAAGCAGCGAAGGAAAUCUAACGAAAAUGAAUUAAAAUAAUAUCAAGAUCGAAUGGAAAAUUUGAAUGCGAAAUUCUCUUAGAACUUGCAACACGCCAACAAUUGCUAUCACGAAAAUGUUUCUUUCCUCCUUAUGCAAAUGGUUUUUCCCACUUCCUGGAAAUGCAAAUAAGCCAAGAAUAACUCUACAGUAUGGGAAACAUAUAUAUAACUUUUUCAGCGAUCAAUAGCAUCUUUCUUGGUAGUGUGUUCGUCCGAAUAUAUUUUCUUCUGUUUCUUGAGACUUGUGUAAGUAUUUUUCUUUCUAGUCUAGAGGCAGAUGAUGAUACGUUAAUCGAAAAAAAUGUUAUAUUCAUAUGUUAUAUAUACAGUGUUCUAUAAAUAAAUGAUAAUAAAUGAUGUUUCGAAAAUUUGGCCCCAAUAUAAAAUGUGCAAUCAUUGAGGCUUGUAAUUGGAUGCCUAUUUUAAAUGAAAUAUAAGAUAUAUUUAUUAAAUUCUAAGAGUUGAUGUUUCUGAUAAAUGUUUUAACUGU